AUGCCUCCUUCCAUUACUUCAUCGAAGGAUACCGAUGAAGCGUGUUCGGAUGUGUUCAAGUUGGACUCGGCAGCUCUUAAUAAACAACCCGAAGAAGUCUUUGAUAUAGUCGGGAAAUUGGGUGAAGGGUCUUAUGGAUCUGUUCAUAAAGCUGUUCACCGGGAGUCCGGUCAUACUCUCGCUAUUAAGAAGGUGCCUGUCGACACUGAUCUUCAGGAAAUUAUAAAAGAAAUUAGCAUUAUGCAGCAGUGUGACAGUAAAUAUGUCGUAAAGUAUUACGGGUCCUACUUCAAAAAUUCCGAUUUGUGGAUUGUAAUGGAAUAUUGCGGUGCUGGUUCGGUUUCUGAUAUCAUGCGGCUGAGGCGAAAGACGUUAACAGAACGAGAAAUGAGUGCAGUUUUGAGGGAUACUAUACAAGGUCUCCGAUAUCUGCAUGACCUAAAGAAAAUCCAUCGUGAUAUAAAAGCUGGAAAUAUUCUUUUGAAUACGGAAGGACAAGCGAAAUUGGCUGAUUUUGGAGUGGCAGGACAACUUACGGAUACAAUGGCUAAGCGAAACACGGUCAUUGGAACACCUUUCUGGAUGGCACCUGAAGUGAUCGAAGAAAUCGGAUACGAUACCAAAGCAGAUAUCUGGUCCUUAGGUAUUACUGCCAUCGAAAUGGCUGAAGGACGACCACCUUAUGCCGAUAUUCAUCCUAUGAGAGCGAUAUUCAUGAUCCCAACAAAACCUCCUCCAACUUUCAAAAAACCAGAUGAGUGGAGUGAAGAGUUCAAUGACUUCAUAAAACAGUGCUUGGUUAAAAAGCCAGAUGAUCGAAAAACGGCUUCCCAGCUUGUUGAGCAUAGCUUCAUUGCGAAUGCUCCUGGUCCGGAGGUUUUGCAAGCCAUCAUUAGGGAUGCGAGCGAAAUCCAAUUCAAUAACAGAAAUGGACCAGCAACCGAACCUGAGGCAGCGACCAUGGUUGGAGGGCAACUUGACGGUCGGACACUUCUAACAGGAAAUAAUCAAGAUGACCGUACACUUGUUGAAAACCCUGCUGUCGCAGAUCAAUUCCUCACGGCUCUGAGCCUCAAGAGUCAAAUGGAAUCGCUUCGUAUUGGUGGCCAAAUCCCAGGAUCGGUACUAGGCGCUCCGCCUCCAUAUCAGAAAGCCGGAUCGUUUGUGGAAAAGCCCGAAUAUCAAAUGACCACGACGGAUGCACCCGUUGGAGAGUCAGGGUCAUCAACAAAUUCGAGCAUGUUAAACACUGAGGCAGAGUAUGAAAAUCGUUUUCAUAAAUCGAUGGCCGACGGUGAUUACGAAUUUUUACGAGAACUAUCACUUGAUGAAUUGCUUCGACGGAAAAACAAUCUUGAAGCAGAGAUGGAUGAAGAGCUACGGGAGUUGCAGAGGAGGUAUCAAACGAAGCGUCAACCAAUAUUAGAUGUGAUCGCCGUAAAGAAGAAUAGAAGUGCAAAUUAA